AUGCAUGAAAAUUCUAUAAUUCCAGAUCACCAAUUCGGGUUUAGAGUACAACACGGUACUAUCGAACAAACUCACAGGGUGUGUAAAUUCAUAAGCAAUAGCCUUGAGCUAAAAGAGUACUGCUCCUCAGCUUUUCUGGACGUUCAACAAGCAUUCGAUCGGGUAUGGCACAAGGGGCUCUUAUGCAAGAUCAAGUCACUUCUGUCUCAUACUUUCUAUGGAAUCCUAGAGUCUUAUAUCACCGAUAGAAUAUUCCAAGUGAAAGAGAUGGAUUGUACAUCAGGUUUUCAUGAUAUACUUGCAGGGGUACCUCAAGGCUCUGUACUUGGCCCAGUGCUGUACACCAUAUUUACCUCAGAUCUACCGCGUACCUCUGAAGUCAACAUUGCAACCUAUGCAGACGAUACGGCAAUCCUACGAGUAACAACCCGAAGAAGCCACGUUAAAGCUGCAGCGAAGCCUAAAUGA